AUGAUUGGUAUAUAUACAAUAGUUAUUACAAUUUUACAACAAAAAAUUUCUAUUCAACAACGAGAGCAAGAUCAACAAGAUGCACUUCUUUUAAGACAACAAUCAAAACGAAGAGCAGAAAAUGUACAAAAAGAAAUUGUAUCUGCAACAUAUCUCGAUGAUCUUUUCGAAACUUUUAAUAUUAGAAAACCAAACAAAAAGUUUGGUUCAAGUUCGUCCGAAAACAUUGACAGCUCUUCGACAGUUGGAUCCAGAGAAAAAAAACAUUUAUUAUUGUUUCUUUAUGAGAGUGAAUUGAUUUAUUGUUAUUCAGAACUACCAUAUUUAUUUUUAUUAAAAUUGACUGAUGCAGAUUUUAAUGGAAUUUAUUUUAAAGGAAGUCUUGAAACUAAAUGUUCAUUUUCACGUCUUAAUUUAUAUGGUGCUUAUUUAUCAAAUUCAUCAUUUAUUGACUGUUACAUUGAUCGUUCGAAUUUUUCAAGUUUAACGAUGUAUAAGGCAUUAUUUUUCCGUACACAUUUGACACGAACAUGGUUUAAAUUCACCUUUUUGGAUAAAGCUAAUUUCAGUAAUACAAAGUUUUUCUAUACGUAUUUUUUAGGAGCAUCAUAG